AUGCUGCCGCUCCGCCCCCCGCCACCGCGGCUCCUGCUCAACAACAUCUCAUGCAUGCGGAACGCGCAGACGGUGCUCCGGGACAUCAACCUCAGCGUCCACGACGGCACGGCCCUCGUCCUCACCGGCGCUAGCAGCUCCGGCAAGACCACCCUGCUCAGCAUGCUAGCAGGCUUCUCGCGGUCCUCGGCGCGGGAGAUCCUCUGGAACGGCCACGACAUCACCUCCCCAAGCGUGUUCCAGCAGUACAAGCUGCAGCUCAAGUGGAUGUCGCCCAAGGACGACGUCAAGGAGAAGCUAAUGGUGCUGGAGAACUUGCAGUGGUUCGAGCUCCUCAAGGGGAAGGACGGCAGUAGGGCGGGCCCGGCCAUCGAGCUCAUGGGGCUCAGCAAGCUCAUGAAG